UAUAGUACAACUCUGCCUCGCCGCUAGUCAGUCUGAACGGUGCUGCAUGGCAAGUCUCAAGGGCAAGGCAUGCAUUAGAGAGAGAUUCCCCAACGAAUGCAAAGGAAAAGUAAAUACAUUGGAAUUAAACAGGGAUUUGUACAUGCUUGAUGAAUAAGAUAUACAGUAUCUGGGCUGGAAACCUUGGAAUUUAAGACUUUUUCUACCCAAGCUUUUUUUAUCUUGAGAGAGAACAACAGGUGUUCUCUAUCUCUCUGCGAAGCACGACCUUGCUGUGGUGACCCGUUCGUGGGUUUAUUUGGUCCCAGUCUCCCGACAACAAGAGGAAUAACCCUAACAAACUGCUGUAUCAGAAAGACAAAUUUCAACACAAAGUGGGAAACAUUCUCUUGGCCCCUAGCCAGGAAUGGUGGAUAACUUCCUAGUGAGAGGCGAGGACACGUUUUUACCGUACGGUGGCUCCCCACCGGCAUACCGCCUGUUGGACAUGGUGACGGACGGGGGGACCUACCAUGUGAUGCCUUCGCCCUUCUCCGAGGAUGACCUGAGCGAGUCGUCCAGCCCUCGCUCCUGCUCCAGCCCCGACUCCCAAGUGCUCAGUUCCAGCUAUGGCAGCAGCUCCAGUGCAGAAAGCUCAGACAGCAUCCUGGACCUUCUGCUGUCCCAGACCUCCCUAGGCGGGGAAGGGACCGGGGCGGCCAUCCCCAUGUCACUGCCCACCUUUCUGUGGGACUCACAGAGGGACGCGCCAUCCCACCCCCACCCAGAGGCCUUGAAGGAGGAGAGCGUGGACUUCCCGGUCUGGUCCUUAGUGGACAUGGAGGAGCCGUCCUUCCAUCCCACCUUAGAGGAGAUAGAGGAGUUCCUGGAGGAGAACAUGGAGGUGGUGUCGUCCAUGAAGCAGGAGGCCCAGGAGGGGGCGCUGGGGCCGGGCCUGGAGGAGAUCUUGGGGCUGGGGGUGGGACUGGAGGUGUACAGGGAGUCCUCAUCCCCAGGGCCAAGGCUGGAACCAGAGGCCAAGCAUUCAGACCAAACUGUGCCGACCGCAAAUGCUACCACCGUCACCGAGACCAAAAGCACACCAGCCACAUCGUCACAGGAGUACAACGAAAGCCCGCACAACGACGUGUUCACGAGUGGUUCAUUAUCCAGCAGGCCAGGAUCAACACAGAGCUGUGAAAAUGGUGGCAGCGCUGGAAUGCCGGUCAUCCUGCAGAUCCAGCCCAUUCAGAUCAAACAGGAACCUGGUGCCACGGUUCCUCCUCCUCCGCCUCCUCCCACCGUUGUCCAGCCUCCUCCUCAGUCAGCAUCAGACAUAAAAAUUGCCCAGCUGCUGGUCAACAUCCAGGGGCAUACCUUCGCCCUGGUGCCCCAGCUGCUUCCCUCCACCAGCCUCAACAUCUCCUCUAAGUUUGUGCGCAUCGCACCGGUGCCCAUCGCGGCCAAGCCCCUGGGCCUCGGUGAGGUGGCGGUCGGGGGCCAGGGCCAUGGGCUGCUGGUGGGGGGUCAGAAGUUCCAGAAGAACCCGGUGGCGGACCUUAUCAAAAUGCAUAAAUGCACUUUUCCCGGCUGCACCAAGAUGUACACCAAGAGCAGCCACCUGAAGGCCCACCUGAGGAGACACACGGGGGAGAAGCCCUUUGCCUGCACCUGGCCGGGCUGUGGAUGGAGAUUCUCACGGUCGGAUGAGCUGUCGCGGCACCGGCGGUCCCACUCAGGGGUCAAACCCUACCAGUGUCCAGUGUGUGAGAAGAAAUUUGCCCGCAGUGACCAUCUAUCAAAACACAUCAAAGUCCAUCGCUUUCCGCGAAGCCGGACGCUGCGCACAGCAAACUGACCCCAUCCGGAUCACUCUUCAAUGGACAUAGACCAAGGGAGCACGGAAUGUAUGUGUGAGAUGUGAAUAUGUGUGGU